CUCUCUCUUUUAGCCACUCUACGUGCAUUACGAGCGUCUCUCUUUCACACACCGUACAGUCUCUCACGGGGUUUUGUGUGAGGGUGAGAGCGGGGCUAAAAUAAUGGGCGGACGCAGGAGUGUGCAGGCGUUGACGACAGCAGCUCGUGAUUGGCUGCCCGCUUUGUCCGUCAACUGCAGGUGACCUGUUCGGUGUUUAAGGUAGUGAGGAAGGGAAGAGGGGGCUGAAAGCCGAGGAGACGUCACGCUGCUCGUGUCCGCCGGCUGCGCUCCGUGUUUCGGGUUGUCGCUGGGGAGGGGGGAGUCAUUGCGGUGCAGGUGGUCUGAUUGCUCUGCAUUGCCAGCCCGAGGGGAGCCCUGCCGGUGUGGAGGAAAUGCGGUCCGGCAGUCUGGAUGCGGUUGCUGGAGGUUUGGGGCCGUGAGGUAGAGGAUGAUAUUCAGAGCGAGGCUCACGUUAUUUUUAGCAGUUUCCUCUUUGUUGGCCCAUGAGUGCAGGGGCUCCAAUGACACAGAAUUGUCAUCGACGACGACAGCACCGAGCACGGAUUGGUUGUCAGCCUCUGGUACCCCGACACCCGAACCGGUACCGGCUUCUAAUGGAAGCGGACCAAGUGCCUUGAAUAGUACAUCCAGCGAGGACCUACGGACAUCCGAGUCUUUAUUAAGCACAUCUGCGAUCACCCCCAGGGACCAGCCUUCUGAGGCCAGCAGCUGGAGCCCAGGAUUAAUUCCCAAUUACACAAAGGCACCUGUCAAUCCCACACCGGAGACACUGACUAGAGCAGGGGGCAAAUCAAUUUCUGUAACCCAGUUAUUAAAUUUCACUCAGAACACAGGCCUUGCAGAAGAACCAACAUCGAGCAGUACUGGUGGUGAGUGUAAGGCAGAUACUGCGAUUUAAAAGGGGGCAUCACAACCCCACUGGCCUCCUUUUGAAAUAAAAUGAAAAAAAUAAAAUGUAAUGAAUACAGUGAAAAGCACAAUUUAAGAAAAAAAGAUUUCUGUAUUGUCCACCAUCCUAUUAUAUACGUGCUCAGCACCAUUUUGCCUGGUUAGCAUAAACAAAGGGGUUUAUUCACUAAACAGUGUGCUGUAAUUGACUAUAAACUUGCUGUAGGUGGGUUCUCCUGCUCAGGUCUUUGCUGAAUCUAUGCUGAAGAAUUGACAGGUUGAGGAGGGCCCUAUUUUUAAAUGAGGUUUAUCUUCCUGUUCAUUUGCUAGCAAUUCUCUUAGCUUACUGUAUAGAUGAAAUAUAAUGGACUUCAGUAAUAAUACAACAGACAAAAUAACUUGUGUUUUAGUGAAAAAUCCCCACGGCCAUCUGUUCUCCUAUACUUUUCUAUAGGGAUGCUAAAUGUAAGUGCACUGGUAACGCAUAUUUGGAUAAAUUAACCAUAGAGCUGUCUGUAGUAGGCCUAGCUCUUCAAAACAACUGGGGCUCUUGGCAAUACUACAUGGCUGACAUUGACCCAUAGUAAAGGAACAUUUUAUAUUCUACUUCUUUCUCAUUUUAUUUUUAUGAUAAUCACUGGUAAUAAAAUAUUACAUGUAUUAUAUCCCAUGGUGUGUAUUAUUUUAUAAUAAAUACAUUUGUAACACUUGCACGCACACUAGUAAAUCUUUUGUUUACCUUUGCUAUGUGGAGGUAGAUAUCAUUAGCCAGAAACACUGCUAAUCUGCUGAGACCUUGCAUAAUGUAAAGAUGUGAAAAUUGAGUGCAUUUUUCAGAUGUUGCACUCACUAAUGAACGCAAACUUGCUCUUUAGCUUUUGAUUGAUUAAACUCUACACCCAACAAGGGGACUUAAGGGGCACUCUAGGUACCAUUUAAACUUCAUCUUAUUGAUGUGGUUAUGGUACCAGGAACCUGUUUCUGACACUUAAAUUCUCUGUUUUCAAAGCCUUGACCAUAAAUAAGCUGGGUGUUGCAUAUCCCAUCACGUAGUAUGCAUACCAUACUGGAGUUGGGGAACUUCCAUGUUAUGCACAGAGGCUAGAUACUGCCCUUGUCUCUGUCAUUAGUGCUGGUUAUGCAACUCAUUGGUAUGCUAGCUGACUGACAGGGUUUGUGCUUAAAGCUGUAUCAUGUCAGUCUUACAACGGGCAAACUUAAAGGACCCCUCUGGACACAAUUAUAAUUUAUUCACAAUUAACUUAUGGGGCGAGGAGGUCCUGGGUGUGGUCUUACCGUAACGGAUUACACCAUUGUAAGAUGGCACCUCAUCACUUUACUCAGCUACUUCUUUAUCAGCCUGAGGCUUCUAUUAGGAAACCUUGGACUGGGUGACAUGGACACUAACUGUAUAAAGCCUCAGCCGAAGACAGGAAGAAGCUAGGCAGAACGAGCUAGAGCUGUCUUCCAAGGUUUGGGUUAAACUGUUUAGUUAACAGAUUAAGCUUGUAAAAUAAGCCACCUGAAACCUCCAUAGUGAUUAAGUUGUUAUGGCAUCAUAACUACUUUAAUAAACUAAACUGGUUUGGGCCACUAGUGUCCCUUUAAUGACAGCUGCUCCAUCUACAAGGCCUGCUACUGAAAAUAGAUAUUUAUAACUAAAUAAUACACAGGAUCUAAUACAUGUAAUCUUUUAUGUUAAAUAUAUAUUUAUAAAAAAUAGAAAAAUUGUCAAUUUCCAUUGUUAAUGGGAAAGCUGUGUGUAUAUCAGAAACUCCCACCCCACACAAGCUUUUGGAAUAUGUAAUUUAGGAGUGGUGAACUGUUUCAUUGGAUAUGAGUAUUCUUCCUCAUGUUUGCAGGUGCUGUACAGCCUUUUUCAUAGAAAGUCCUGAGAGAACACAUAUAAGACAACAAAGACUGGAAGAUUUUCAUUCACUAAAAACUGUUUGAAAUAUAGUUUGUGGGUUUUUUUUUUUUAAAGCUAAAAUUGGAAAAAUGUUCAAAUAAAAGAGUCAUUCCAAUACAAUGACAAGUCAUUAUGGGGGUUGGUUAGUAACCUGGGUUGAAAAAAGACUCCAGUCAAUUAAGUUCAAACCUGUAAAACAUGUCUUUUUAAACCCUUAAUUUGAAGCAAUAUCCAAUUAUGCCCCAAAAGGAGAGGGGGGAAAAAAAUACUUGUGGAUUCCAUAAUGUCUAUCCAUUUAUUUAUUUUUAUUUAUUUUACUUUGAUCAACGAGCUGUUAUUAAUUAUAUCCUUAAAUAUUCUGGUUUUCUAAAAAAACAAAAACAUCCAAGCCUAAGGCUAAGGCUGUCAAGGAAGCAGAGCCAACAGAAGCCAAACACACCCCUGGCCAAUCAGCAUCUCCUCAUAGAGAUAAAUUGAAUCAGUGUAUCUCUAUGAGGAAAGUAAGAUUUUAAUUACUGAGUGAGGCCGACUGCUCUGCCUACGGAUUUGUGUGCAGUUAAAGAGGACGGUGCAGUUUUGGUUCUGAAGUUUCACUGCUCAAUGUCUGCCAUUUAGGUGUUAAAUCACAUUGGUAAUCCAGCCAUAGGUACACGUCCCUGCAUGUGACUUACACAGCCUUCGUAAACACUUUUUAAAGAGUCAUCUUAUGUCUACAUUUCCUUUAUUGCAAAUUCUGUUUACUUUAGAAUUUCUUAUCUCCUGCUCUGUUAAUAGCUGUCUAGACCCUGCAGGAGCAUACUGUAUGUAAGUUGAAUUUACAAAGCAGCAGAUAUAAACAGUUAAGUUACAUUUCAUUCAAAAUGAAAUCAUUUGUUGUCAGUCCCAGCCGGGGAGGUGUGGCUAGGGCUGCAUAAAUAGAAACAAAAGUGAUUUAACAGCUAAAUGGCAGAGAAUUUAGCAGUAAAAGCUUUAGAUGCAUGAUGUACACGUACAAACUGCUUUAUUAAGUUAGUAGUUUUAAAGAUUAUAGUGUCCCUAUUAACAGAGGGGGUACUUCCAGCAGGGUGCUCCAGACAGGGAGGGCCAAGUUCCCACUGAAAUCCAAUGGUACUAAAUAUAAGUGUCCGGGCACAUCCAAUGGUUUCUUUUUAAAAGGCAGUCUUUGUUUAAAACACAGAAAUGGAGCCAACGUUUCGGCUCCUACAUGAGCAUUUGUCAAGUCUCGUUAAAAAAUUGACCAAGACUCAUGCAGGAGCCGAAACGCUGUCUCUCAGGAGAGAGAUCAGAGGACUUGAAAUCCAAGAAUUUAAUAAAGUUACCAAGAGAGGCACUAUAAGUGGAGAGUAAAAGAGGACUUGGGGAAUACCAACUGAAAUAGACUUUGUUGAGGAUGUGGUACCAGAGUAGGAGACAAUAAAUGAUUCAGAAAGAACAGGGUCACGGAGUCCAUGUUUGUGGAUGUUUUUAAGGAGACCGUAGUGAACAAUAUCAAGAGGCAGUGAGGUUGAGCAGAAUUAAGAUAGUGAUGGCCUUUAGUUUAGCAGCGAUUGUCAUAAGUCACUUGAGAGAAGUUUCAGUAGAAGGGAGGUAGUAUUGCAAAAGUGAGUAAGAUGGGUAAAUACAGGUAGCUUAGAAGUGAAGGGGGAGAAUAUGGGAUGGUGGUAAGAAUAAGUAUGGUCAAAAGAUGGCUUUGGUGGGGUAAGAGGAUUGGAGACGUUUAGAGACCUCAUACUUAGAUACAAUGGGAAAUGAGUUUAGAAUGGAAAACGGCAGAGAAUGGAAGCUGAGUGAAGGCUCAAAGAGAGAGAAUUGCAUUCCUAAUUUGAUUAAACUCGUCAAUAAUGUGACAGGCAAUAUCACUAAUAAAGGAUCGUUGAUGAUGGGGCUGCAGUGGGUGAAUAAGGGAACUAAAGGUAUUUAAAAAAAAAAAAAGAGUUUGGGAUCAUGAGUAGGAGCAGAUGAGAGAGGUAAAAUACUCUUCCUUGACAAGGUUGAGGGCCGAAGUAUAAAAGUAUUUGUAUACAUGAAUUUCUGAUUUAAGAAGUCAGGUGUGAUGCAAGACUAUCUCCGAUAAUGUUCAGCAGUACAAGUACAUCGUUGGAGAUGGAGUGUGAGAUUGCCAUGCAAGGGUUGAAGGCGUGGCUGGCUCUUUUAUAGUGAGCUUUACAUGAUGAAGUUAUGUUUAGAGCGGAAGGCAGGACAGAAUUGCAGUUUGAGAGGGAUAGGACAUGAAAGGAUGACAAAUCAUGCAGAUCAAGGGAGCUUAGAUUUUGAAUAAGCUGAAAUGAGCUAGAUUUAAGAUGUUGACUGAGGGGCAGAUUGACGAUGCUGGUUAAAUGAUAAUAGUCAGACGGAUUGAAUGUGUUAGAGAAGUUAGAAACAGAGCCUGGAAAAGACAAGUGUGAGGGUAUUGCCAGAUGUGUGUGUAUAGAGUCAAUUAAAUAAAGCCAAAUAAGAAGGUGAUGGAAAUUUAGAGGCAAUUGAGUUGUUAGGGAUGUUGGAGUUGCCAAAGAUGAGAGAAGGAAUGUCAUAUGGAAACCAAUCAGAAAAAUGAUCAUGGAGAUAGAUGACAAAACGAGCUGAGAGGGGAUUGAAGAGAAUGAUGGAGUGUACUUUAAAUGCGGAGAAAGAAAGAUUAGGACAAGAGGGGAAAGGUUGGAAAUAACAAUAAGGGAAGAGCAAAAACCCCUUGCCACCAAGCCUCUAGAGUACCUGCAACCCACUCUAGAGGCUUGGGUAGCAAAGUCAGAGGGUUAGGUUAGGUUUCAGUGCCAAGAGGUUUAAUAGUGUGAGAAUGAAAGGCAGUAAACCACAUGGUGUUACAGACUGAGGCUGCAUUCCAAACCACACAACAAAAAGAAAGGGAUGCAGUGAAAUGACCGGGCGAAUGCAAGACCUUCUCAUUUGCCCCCACCCUCGGGGUCUCCCUCCCGUGGCGCUGAAGGUUUUAAAACCCCUUGAGCAGCUUACCUUUUUCCAGCGCCGGGCUCCCUCGGCCCCCACCCUCUUGAGCUGAAGUGGUCUGGGUAACUAUAGUGUCCCUUUAAGUAAUAUUAGAAGCUAUCCGUAUACUGUGUAGGCUAGAACGGAAUUAUUUUUAAAUUAUAUGUUCCGUAAUUAAAUUGAUAAUUUAAUUUCUAAUAUUUUUUUUUCUUUUUCCUGUUAGAAAUUGUAACAACCACUGACUUUGGAAAUGCAUUCAUAAAUACAUCAGCUGCAGUUACAAAAGUGGAACCCCUUACAUCGAGCAAAGAUUUGAUUUCAACAACUGUACAAACAUUUUCUAGAUCUAGCUCUCCUGAUAACAGCACUACUUUUCUGGCAGAUGUAUCAUGGACUCAGUUCAAUGUUAUCAUUUUGACUGUUAUUAUCAUUGUAUUGGUUAUUUUAAUGGGAUUUGUGGGAGUUGUUUAUUUGUAUAGAGAAUAUCAGACGCAAAAACUCAACGCUCCAUUUUGGACCAUUGAACUGAAAGAAGACAAUAUAAGCUUCAGCAGUUACCAUGACAGCAUCCCAAAUGCAGAUGUUUCAGGCCUACUGGAAGAUGAUGCAAGUGAAGUAGCACAAAAUGGCCAGCUCUCCCUUACAACACCAAUGCACAGCUAUAAACCAUAACAAAUGUUUUAAGUUUAGUAUCGAAAGAUAGUUGGCAUUAGAAGCAGUCCGGAUGUAAAUUUCUGCAUUGAUGUGGUGCUCAAUAUUGUUAAGCAAAGUUAAAAAGAAAUCUAUGUAAUAUUCUUUAAUUUAUAUUUCUUUUGAAUUUGUCUAAACAUGAUAUUGUAUAUACACACAUUCCCCUUAUUAAAUUGUACUUUACAGGUCCAAUGCACUACUAAUGGGCUAAUCAAAGCAGUGAGUGACAGGAGCUUGUCAUGUAUACUUGGCUUGUGAAAGCAAUCUGCACAGCUUGAAGCUAUGGAUCAGUGUUUCUUGUACAGAUGCAUGUUUGCUCCAUAAUAUGAAAACUUAACUCAGUGCACUGGGAAAAACAAUGGCAGAUCAUCUCCUGGAUGCUUAGACUCAGGAAGCACUGGUACAAGCAAGGUAGAAGAGAUUGUGUCUGCUCCCUGCUCUGUGGACCCACCAGUGUUGACCUUCCUACCAUAGUGUAUAAUAGGAUGGUUUCAUACAUCACAGGGACGUUUGAGUAUGGAUGGUACAGAGAUUGAAUGGUGGACUAUUGUGAGAUGAUUUGAAAAUAUAUAGGAAGAGGUGGUAUAUUCUUAAAGAUGUUUUGUGAGGUGUUGGAAAGAGAGUCUGGUGGAAUGUAAGUGGUAAUACAUAUGAGAGGCCAGUGGAAAAUUUUGUGUGGUUUGGGAUAGUAUAAAUCGUGAAUAAUAGGUGUAGGAGAGAGUGUUAAGGUGGUAGGGUGUAGAUUUGCUAGCUUUAUGUUGGGUGUGGGAGAGAGAGUGAGUAGUUUUGGAAGUGGUGUAUAGUGAAAUGCUCGUAAAAUAACAGAGUGUGUUGGAUAAAGAGAAAAAAACUCAUAAAGUAAUGGGGAUUUGUGUUGGCAGGUAGGGAGAAAGACAGUGUUCUUAUUGGGUGGUAGUAUGACAGUAAAAUGAGACGUGAAAUAUCUGAGAGCGGUGUAUAGGGUAGAGAGAGAAUGGUGGAAUAUCAAUGGAUGGUUACAGUGUUUAGGAAGAGAAGCUGAUACAACAAUAUAGGAAUAUUUGGUAUGGACAAAAUAAACGGGUGGUAUAUAGUGAGUAUUGGGGUAAGAAUUUCUGUGCAGUAAUGUGUACAAGAGGAUUGUAGGAUGUUUCGGAAAAGCCCUGGGGUAAUAUUGGGAGUCGAUAUUAAGGGUUAGAAAGAGGUGGAAUAUAUAUAUGGUGAAAUACUGGGGUAACAUAGGAGUUGAGCAUGAGGCUGAAGCAUUGGGUAGCAUGGGGAAGAGAUGGUGAAUAUUUGGGGAUGAAAGUAUUGAGGCUGGUGGAAAAUUAUGGAGUGAUGGGUUGUAAAGAGGAUAAUAGAAUAUUAGGCUAAGGGAAGAGAAAGGCAAGUGAGAUUUUGUUGAAAUUAUGAGCAAUAGGGAGGGACACGUGGAAUACUAGGUUGGAAUGUGGAGAAAAAGAGGCUAAUGUAUAGUGAAUAGUAGGAGAAGCUGGUUGAAUAUUGUGAGACAAUAGAUUGUUAAUUUGAGUACUACAUUGGUAAAAGUGGAGAUUUAAUGAAUCUUGGGAAAAUUGUAAGUAAGAAUGGUGUAUAUGGAAUGUUGGUUGUAUGGGUCUUGCAAAGCUUGUAGUAAGGCGGUGGGAGAUGGAUUGUAUUAAUCUAUACUGACCAAUAAAGUACUAGAGCACAGAUGCUGUGUUUGAGUAAUGCUAAUUUAAAGUAUAUUUUUCUAUGAACAGCUCUAUGGGCUGUUAAAUGCAUAAUGUUUUCAGCUGUCUUAUUUAUUUUGCCAGUUUUAUUUUCCAAAUUUGAAAACUUAAGUAUAGUUUAGACACUGAUCUCUGGUACAAAAUAGAGACUGAUAAUGUUGUGUUUCAGAAUUUAAUUUAGAUUUUUAAUUUUGGUAAUUUAUUUAAAGUUUAGUAUUUCAAUUUGCAAAGGAUAAUGCUUAUUUGGCUUAUUCAUAAACUAUAGUACAUGUUUAAUGCUCUAGCUUGCAGGUGAGAUUCAGUCGCAUUUUAAUGCAUCUUUUGUCAAUCAAACAUUCUGUGGAUCAUUAAAAUAUGUAAAAGUUGGUCAAGUCACAAAUCCCAGGACUUACAGGUCAAUUUUUUUGUUGUUUUUGGAAAAAAAAAAACUUGACAUAAGUAUGAUGGACUGGCAUGGCAAGUUUGGCAGUUUUGGAAAAAGCCUAUCUGGGUGUUUUAAUUGUAGAUUAUUAGGGAUUUAUUGACUCCUUAAACAUGUUAAAAUGUCUGUUGCUGGAGCUGGAACUUCAGCUCAAGUGUUUUGUUUAGUGAAAUGUGUUUUUAUGUACACACAUGAGCAAUUUUCUGAAUACAUUAAUUUGUCUGUACAUCGAUAUGUAUGGCAUUACUACAUCCAUCAGCCUGUCAACAAGCUUCUGAAAUAAAAUCCCCAUUUUGUUUACAGGAAGUUUGUGAAUUCCUUAAUAUUUUUUAAGGUAUUUCUUGCAAAUGCUGUUUGUAAAUCAUGUCUGCAUCAUGUGGAAUAUAUGAAAUAAGGAAAAUGAAUGCAUUUCUCAGUAGUGGUGCUGCCACAGAGACCAAAAUAUAUACAAAAUAUAGAUUAAUGAACAACGUUAACACAACUUUUUGUUUUUGUUUACAUUUUACAAAUAUGGGGAUUCAGUUACACCAUAUGGCCAUAUUGUGUAAGCCCAAUACUUUGUCACAGUACACCAACAAUUGUCUGUCCUAUUCUAAUUUUAACUUGAGAUAUAAACCUGCUAUCUGCAGUACUUACUGCUUAAACUAACAAAACAAUCUGAAGAUCCGUUAAACUUUUGCACAACAUUGAACUGGCUUUAUAAUUUCUUUGUGAUUCUUCUGGCAAAAGUCUUUAACUAGCAUAAAGGAACAUAGGGCUUGCUACUGUAGGUAGAGAGCAUUUUAGAUUCAGGCCUGG